GCAAGGCUGAACUUUCAAAGAUUCACAUUGAAGACAUGAGACAAGCCAUGGUCUAUGGGAGAGCAAAUAAAGUCAUUCGUUCCUGUCCUUUCUUGUUAUUCUUGUCGUAAACAAGACUCACCCCUCUCGUUGCAUGUUCUCACCUCUGCUUGACAAUGGAACUGCAAAUUUCAAGAGAAACCCCGCGUACUAAUGGAUCUAUCAGACAAUGAUCGUGCAGGUAAAUCGAAAGCUCCAAGAAUACCACGACAAAGACGCUUAAAGCGCAAGAACCUCGCGGAAUCUCCAGUACGAUCAUCGAAGUCUUCUAAAAAGAGGUCGAAGAAGAAAGACAGCACUCCUCCUCUAUAUGAUAUAAAUGGCAUAUUGGAUGAACGAAAAUCUGGAAAAAUCACGGAAUAUCUGAUAGAUUGGAGAGACAAUCCAGAAACAGGGGAGUCUUACGAACCGACCUGGGAACCUUAUGCCAAUGUUACAGAAGCCGCAAUUUAUGAAUGGCAAAAUCGACCUGCCAUCCAAAAUUACAGUUCCCAAUCCCAAGAUAGCGAACCUAUACGCCCGGCGAAACGGAGAAGAACACACAACGCUGAAGUCACUGUCUUCUCAAAGGAAAGACAGGGUCCUAAUUCCAAGAGAGCCGUUGGAGAGAGUGUCGGAACGAAGAACAGGAUCCGAGAGAUCAAGGAUAGUUACGAGGACCAAGAUUCGGGCCCUGGAAAUGGUCUUUCAAUCGUGAUAACUCUCAAUAAAGAUAUAAAUCCAAACGAAUAUACUGUCGUCAGGUCAUCUCAACUAUCAGAUUACUCAAACUCCCAGGAACAUUUACAAGCGUCCUCUCCUGUGCAAACCCAAGAUUCGCCAGGUUCACCAGAUUCUCAAAGAGUAUUGCCACGUAGAAGACCGGCUCCGGCGUUUAUCUGGGACGAGGAUAUUGAGCCAGACUCUCAAUACUUAUCCCGUUCUACUCCAUACCAUCCGUCCAUUCCGAGGAGUGCAAGUGACAGUGAAGACCUUCAAUCGGUACGACCCGAGAUUUCGGACCGAACCCGGAAAGGUGUUAGCCGUAGUAUUCUUGGAAUCACACAACAUAACGUUAAGGAGCAACAAAAAGGUUCUAGUAAUAAAUUAAAUCAAAACGAGGCGUCUUUAACAUCUUCGAUUCCGGACAGUUUUCUAAUUGACAAUUCAUUCUCAUCAAUUGAUCAGGAUUCUGCCCCACCGGUAUCCUUGACACCACAUCAACAUCUAAGACCGGAGCCCCCCUUAGAACCUGCAGCCAGUGAGGAGGAAUCGUCUCAACAACCCCCCGUCACGGAUCUUCCUCCGGCGUUGAAGCCGUCAAUUCCUAACUCUCAAAAUAUUCUUGGUCAAUCAUCAGAAGAGGAAGAGGAAGAAGAGCGCGAGACAGAUCGGUCUGAGACUCGAAAGCAAUCACAAAUACAAUCACAAUUGUCGUUGGAGAUACCUGAUUCAUAUGCUGUGAGCGAUACACCUCCCAAAAGUUCUCAAACCCAAGGCGUGGACGCGCACAUUAGUAGUCAAGACCGUGCUUCUUCUUUGCCUGCUGGUCAAUCUCAACCCGAAAUUGUGCUUUCCGAGUCUCAACGUUCUCAAUCACUCCCCUCGGCCCCAAAUAAUAACUCAAGUUCAGAAGAGACUUGGCAGGCGGCACAAAUCGUCACUCAAGUUCCCAGAACUUUAUCUCAAGACCAUUUCUGUGGAAAUCCCGAGUCACAAGGCUCUAAAGACCACGUGCAGGUUGACAAUACCCAAGUCUCGAAUCUUGCACCCACGAGUCCGGAGCUCAACCAUCACUAUCUUUCAGAGUCUAACUCUGCAUCAGGAAACCAGAGCAACAACGGUAACCGCAUUGCCCUCAUUGAAGAUCAUCAAACGCAGCCAUCCGGCUCCGAGCCUUCCGCAGGGGCGCAAGUACUAGAGAGCAUCGAGUUCGAAGCAGGCCUUUACAACGCCCAGUUAGAAUCUCAAGAACCGCUAUUUUCGCAAGAUCAGGCAGACUUGGCUUGGUCUAGCAGUGGUGACUUGCCAGCGAUAGCUUCGCCUUCCACUAAGAUGUCAGCUGUUUCUCAUCUUGCCGUCGGUGAGAGGAGGGCGAGGUCAACAAAGUCUAGAUCUCCAUCGACCUUGCCUCCACGAGUAGCAACUGCACCGCCAACCUCCUCAUCUAAUCUUCCAUUACCCAUGCGGGAUAACAUUACUGAUGUACCGAAGCCGCGCAAUCGAGCAACUUCCAUGCCAAGAGCUUCAAUCGAAUCUCCAAGCAUGAGUCCAAACAUUUUGACUGUACGCAAACUGGGACGAAAUGAGUUUAUCAUUCCGCUGCCAAUGAUGAACCAAGUUCGUGACGUAUACGAUACUACCGUCAGAGAUAGAAAAAAUGAUAUUAUAUCUUUCCUGGGGGAGUCGCCAACAGCAGCAGAUUCAGAAACCAUGGAUUUGAUGAUCGAGGAAUUGAAAUUAAUAUGUGAUCAUCAAGAUUUAAUAGUGGAGGAGUCUUCGACUCAGAGUCUAGAUGACAGUACUCAGGCUAGAUAUGCUGUAACUAUCAGCACCAAGUUCUUGUUUGUUCAACAAUUCUUGGACUCACUUCGAUCAACUAAGGUUCACGUGGUGAUAUUAGCACGAGAGAUGAUCCUACCGAUUCUCGAAGCACUCUUCAGAUUUAGGGAGUACAAUUACAGUCGCCCCGAUAUUUCUGGGACACCGGAAAAGGUUACAAAAGAUUCAAUGCAGAUCACGCUACUUCCCACAUGGAUUGAUGUUCGUGAUUGUCUUGUCGCUCCUGCUUCCGUGGUUUUGGCAUUUGAUUCGUCGUUUCCGACCUCUGAAGUAAGAGAUGAAUAUCACCAGAUUCUGCCUCUCGACCCCAAAAAUCCAGAAAAGCGCGUACCUUUACUAUGGCUUGUCACCACAAACUCUGUCGAACAUAUUGAACUGUGCAUUCCUACUAGAGGAUCAUCGAGACGCAAAGAUAAAUUAGUUCAAUACAUCACCCAAACUCGAAAGGUUGUCGGUCGUUUAGAUACGACUAUCUACCCUGAACCACAACAGGCCGCCAUAGCAGCUGCGGAGUACAUUCUUGAAGAUCCGAUGGAAGUUUCCUGGCCCAUAGUACCCAUGCCAGAUAUCGAUAUUCCCUUGCCUGGCUAUGGAGCUUUCAACCGUCAAUCGGACUCACUGACACAAUCUUUGUUCUCGCCAGCUGCACCAACAAUACAACCUGGUUCCAAGCGACCGUCUAAUUUUGAUGCUGUAGACGAAGAUACUGCGUUCAAGCGCCAGCGACUUACACCCACAAGACAGGGUAGAGAGCUUGAUUUGAAUACUAUGAACGGGAACUUGGUGGAACUCAACAAGGAGUUAAAAAUAUUGCGUAGUCGAUGCGAGGAUUACGAAGGAAGUAUAAAACGAAUUCAACCAAAAUUCCAGCGAGCUCUUGACGAGAGGGCCCGAUUCGAACACGAAAACGCUCAAGCCGUGAAACGUCUAUCGGAAUAUGAAAAGAAACUCGAAAUACAAGGUAGUGCAGUCACAAAACUUCGUGAAGAAAAUGCUUCACUUAAAAACGAGCUUGCCGUUGCCCAAAACUCUCUUGUCACCUCUGCUGUUCCCUCCGUAGCUGAACUUCAAAAGACGAAAGACGAACUUUGUACUGCACAGGCUGAAAUUGAACGUCUCAAGAAAAAUCACAUGAGUGCAGAAAAACGUGCUGACUAUGCAACGUCUCUCUAUCAAGAACACUCCCAACAAAACCAUGAAAUGCGCAACCAACUUGCAACGCUCCAAUCCGAGCGCAAGGGCCUUCAAAGCGAGGCCUCCGCCGCUCGUGUCGAGAUUCAAAAAGUCAAUCAUGAUGGAAUCAUACAGCAACAACUCGAUUCCAUCAAUGAUCUCAAGAGAGAACUUGCCGAACGAGAACGAAUGCUGGAAAGCGUCAGUAGACAAUUGGAAUCAUACCAGAACGGACGUAGAACAACGCGCGGUACAAGUGUUCCAAGAAGUCCAAGAAUGAAUACCAUGAGUCCGAGACCAAGAGUAAUGGGCAACAUGGCACCGGGAAGCAAUACAGCUAGCAGGGGAAAUAGCCCCACGCCUGGUGUUUUUUCCGGCGAUCUGUUUCCAGGCGGUGAUGCGGGGAGGAGAUUCGGCGCGCAUUUGCAGUAAGAUGGAUGGAUGAUUUGCUCAGGAAUAAGUCUUCAAGUCCGCCUUUAGAUUUCGCGCACAAGAUCUACUGUUAGUGAUGAGAAUAUACUAGAUAUUACUCAAACCAAGCUUUGUACAUGGAGGACACUAGAAGGGGAAGAUAAUUUGCAGCGCGGCAUGAACUCGAAAUUCCGAGAUGAAAACACAAAUGGGCUGGAGGAAGAAGGUCUGAGAUAUUUACACAUGGCGUCUUCUGCAAUUUCAUGAUAUUUGUUUCUAUUUCUGUGUGUUUUUCUAUUUGCUUGCGAUUUGGUGGAGUGGGAGGAAACAUUGUUUUCGCAUAUGCUUUUGCGUUGCAUGUAUCGGUAGCUAGGGACGUAUACCAAUACUUCAUUGGUGUCAGUUAGUCAAUAAGAUAGCUGGGUGGACUGGAUAUAAUGAGCACCUUUCAUAAUCACAAUACCUACUCACA